CGACUUAGACGCUCACCAUUAUCACCGGCAGCAUCUGCAUGCUCCCAAAUCCCAGUACCCCAGGCUACUAUAUAUAAAAAUCUCAUUCUAUCAAUUAAACAAAUUGUUUUGAUUCAAUGGAGUCACCUACUGCAACUUGGAUAUCCUAUGCAGCAGCCUGGGUGUCCACCAUUGCACUUCUCCUCCUCGCAAAACAUCUCCGGUGGCGGAGAAAACUUCAUCUACCGCCGGGCCCAAAACCAUGGCCGGUCAUCGGAAACUUGAACCUCAUCGGAAGCCUCCCUCACCGGUCCAUCCACGAUUUGUCGGUGAAGUAUGGCCCCAUCAUGCAGCUCCAGUUUGGGUCCUUCCCGGUGGUGGUCGGAUCUUCCGCAGAAAUGGCCAAGACCUUCCUCAAAACCAUGGACAUCAACUUCGUUGACAGACCCAAAAAUGUUGCCGGAAAGCACCUAACGUACAACUAUUCCAACGUCACAUGGUCACAAUACGGUCCAUAUUGGCACCAAGCACGGCGAAUGUUCACCAUGGAGGUAUUUAGUGCCAAGCGCCUCGACUCUUUUGAGCACAUCCGCACCCAUGAAUUGAAAUCAAUGCUUCACAAACUCUACAACGUAUCCUCAACCCGUCAACCCGUUCUCCUGAAAGACUACCUAUUCCUCUUGAACUUAAACGUGAUCAGCCGGAUGGCACUCGGGAAGAGUUACUUGAAUGAGUCCGAGGGAUCAAUUGUGAACCCCGGGGAAUUCAAGAAGAUGCUAGACGAGGUGUUCUUGCUCAGCGGGGCAUUGAACAUCGGGGAUUUGAUCCCGUGGCUCGAUUUCUUGGACUUGCAAGGGUAUAUUAAGCAGACCAAGGCAUUGAACAAGAAGUUGGAUAGGUUCUUGGAGCACGUUCUUGAUGAGCAUAUGAGUAGGAGGGUGGUAGAGGGUGACAAGUUUGUGGCUAAGGAUAUGGUGGACGUUUUACUCCAACAUGCUGAUGAUCCUAACAUGGAAGUCAAGAUUGAGAGGCAAGGAGUAAAGGCCUUCACCCUGGAUCUCUUGGCUGGUGGGACAGAGAGCUCUACAGUGACAGUGGAAUGGGCAAUUUCUGAGCUCCUAAAGAAGCCAGAGGUAAUAAAGAAGGCAACAUAUGAACUAGACCGUGUAAUUGGGCAGAAGAGAUGGGUAGAAGAGAAGGACAUGCCAAAUCUUCCAUACAUCCAAGCAAUAGUUAAGGAGGCAAUGAGAUUGCACCCGGUGGUGCCGACGUUGGUGCCACGCCUUUGCCGUGAGGACUGCAAGGUCGCGGGCUAUGACAUUCCAAAGGGCACUCGAGUACUAGUGAGCACCUGGACAAUUGGAAGAGAUCCGGCUCUAUGGGACAAUCCAACCGAGUUCAUUCCUGACAGGUUCAUUGCAAGGGAUAUUGAUAUUAAAGGUUGUGAUUUCGAACUCUUACCAUUUGGUGCCGGGAGAAGAAUGUGCCCCGGUUAUAGUCUUGGGUUUAAGGUAAUUCAUGUUACCUUGGCUAAUCUCUUACAUGGGUUCAAUUGGAAAUUACCAAAUGAUAUGAUUCCGGAGCAGCUCAACAUGGAAGAGAUCUUUGGGCUUACUACACCAAAGAAAAUCCCACUUGCCGUUGUCAUUGAGCCCAAGCUUCCCAUGCAUGUUUAUUCUAUUUAAGAUUUUUUUUGAAUUUUUAUUUUCUUUAAAGCAUUGUUGGAAUCUAUGUGUGCAAUUGUUUAAGUUACUAAAAAAUAACCACUAUGUAUUAAAGACGAUGAGUGUGUAAUAAUUUAAACAUAUUGUUGGGAUUAUUACCGUUAA